UAAGUACCGCACUGGUCAUGUCCAUUUCUGUGAAGGAAGAAGUCUGUGACGGGAGGAGGCAGGUGGGCCUUCCUGUAAAUACUCAGAAGAACAUGAGAGGAAAGUGGCAGAAGCAGAGAGUGUGAGGGAGACAUUUAAAGUGGAAUCAGUGUGAUGUCCUCACCAGACUGUGGCACAGUGAAUACCUGGAUUUGAAAACGCUCCACCCAGCUGCUCUAACCUGCACUCUGUGCUCUGUUUUGCAAAAAAAAGGUCCGAUGGCACAGCAUGAGACGAACGAUCUCCCGCCUCCGUACUACUCUGUGGCGUUGCACACCCAACCCCCUCUCAAGCCCAAUGAGGAGGUGGUGUACGGUGGCAGCCUAAAGGUGACCCCUAUCAGCCAGCCGAGGUACGUCCCCCAAUAUGUGGCGGCUAGCCCAGUGCCCAGAGUCAUCCAUCCGAGAAUUCCGCCCAGUAGAAAGAAGAAUAAAUGCUGUAAGAAUAAAGCUCAGUAUUACAGCGCGUCAGUGGCAGCGCUAGUGCUGGUCGGUGUGCUGGCACUGGCCAUCUGGCUUGGAGUGCAUUAUGGUACCAGACAACCAGGAGUGAUCAUCUACGACGAUGAAGACAAUACAUCCGAGGGUGGAGAUGCUGCUGCCAUGAAUAUCCAAGAUGUGUGUCCCAGCGAUAAAAUAGAAUGUGAUGGAUAUGAUGAUUGCAAAUUCGGCACUGACGAGACCGUCUGUGUGAGAUUUGGUGUUGGAAACGCUCUCCAGGUAAAGACGGCUCUAGAAGGUCGCUUCCUGCCGGUUUGCUCUUGGGGCUGGAAUGAAAGCUUGGCCGACCAAACGUGUGCUCAGCUGGGAUUCAGAAAGGCCUUCACCUCCAAAGAAUCUCCAUCCAACCAGACGACUGGUUUAGAAGUGACCAGUUUAUCGUCUCUGCCAAUUCAGGGUCUGGUCAGUGACACCUCGUCCUGUCCAGGCCAGACGACUGUCGCCCUGCAGUGUGUUGACUGCGGUCGACAGCAGUCCUCAUCUCGAAUCAUCGGAGGCAGCGUGGCUAAGGUGGGCCAGUGGCCUUGGCAGUUAUCACUCCACUUCAUUCGCUCCCAUGUUUGUGGAGGAGUCCUGAUCUCUCCUGAUUUCGUGCUGACUGCUGCCCACUGCUUCCCCAAGAACAAGGCUGGGAGUCUUACGCCACAGAACUGGAGAGUGUACGGUGGAGUGGUUUCCCUCAGCAACCUUCCUCAAGCCUUCCAGGUGUCCAAGAUCCUGCUGAACGAAAACUACAAUAACCAAACUCAAGAUAUGGACAUCGCACUGCUCAAACUUAAAACCCCGGUUACCUUCAACGAUAAAAUUCAGCCAGUUUGUCUGCCGACCUUUGACCAGGUUUUCCAACAUGGAACCAAGUGCUGGAUCUCAGGCUUCGGUAUCACUGAGGAAGGAGCUCGUGCGUCCUCACAGCUGAUGGAGGUGACUGUGGACAUCAUUGGCUCUGCUGUCUGCAAAAGCCCCGCGGUUUAUGGGAACCUAGUGACCAGGCACAUGUUGUGUGCCGGGGACCUGGAGGGAGGCCGUGAUGCCUGUCAGGGUGACAGCGGUGGACCACUGGUUUGUCAGGGAGAAGACCGCUGGUUCCUGGCGGGGAUAACCAGCUGGGGAGUCGGCUGCGGUCGAAAAAACAAACCUGGCGUUUACACCAAAAUCACCACUGCUCUGCAAUGGAUCUACAGCACCAUGCAGCGAGAGAAGCCUUGAAGUUACUUUGUCUCUGCGUUCCUUCUUUAUCACUAUGAUCAUGUGGUCUGACGGAGACGGACAGACGCACAGACAGAAGAGUGACCACAUGAAGAGAUGGAAAAACAGAGAAAACAUUGCACACUUGAAGGAAAAAAAAUGAAGAAGCAAAACCUGAACGCAGGAUUUCUGUCUGCGGCUUUACAGGAUUCACCUGUGAAUGCAAUUAUUAUGUAAAUGACCUGAACUGAAUUCUGAACAUGCACUACUCCAUGCACGACUAAGUCAAAGCCAGUGCAUCCGUCAGUUGGACUCUUCUGUUGUCACCGUUACAGUCAGUAAACACGUACACCCAUAUGUAUUUGGACCUUUUUCUCUUU